AGCAAAACUAGCAUACAACUGACUAUAGGCCAGGAAGAUAAUAUUUUGCCUUCGAAAAAAUAGCAACUAAGAUGAAGUGUGAGGAGCAGGAGGUUGUUGUAAUUGGUGCUGGGGUGUCGGGACUGGUGGCGGCCAAGUGUCUGAGAGAUGACGGCUUCAAGGUGACGAUCCUCGAAAGAACAUCCGACAUUGGUGGACUCUGGACCUUCCGUGAAAAUGAUUACGGGGUUAUGAGAUGCACACACAUAAAUGUAAGCAAAUACAACUACGCGUUCUCUGACUUUCCGUUUCCGGAAAAUGUGCCAGAUUAUCCACAUCAUUCCGACAUGGCACGGUACAUCAAAGAUUACGCCAAACACUUUGGACUUAUGGAAGCUAUACACUUUAAUGUCAGUGUCAACAGCGUGGAACAAACAGAUGGAAAAUGGAGAAUCAACGCUUCCAGAAAAACUGAAGAUGGUUCUGGUGGAUCUGAGGAGAGAACUUAUGUUUGUUCUUACCUCGCUGUCAGCACUGGUCAUCAUGCCAAACCAAGCUGGCCAAAGUUUGAGGGGGAGGAGACAUUUGAAGGUAAAAUUGCCCAUGCCGUGGAUUACAAAGACCCCAUGACCAACGAUUGUGCUGAAAAGCGUGUGCUUGUGGUCGGGAUAGGCAAUUCAGCAGUUGAUGUUGCCGUCGAUUGCACCACUGUUGGAAGGUGUCCAAGUGUUACAAUCAGCACACGAUCCGGUGCAUGGGUCAUCCCAAACUACAUUUUCGGCUUACAAACUGACUUGUACGCCUGCCGAUUUUUCUUCCUAUUUCCGAGGUGGUUAGCCAACAACAUAAUGGCCAUGAUCAUCACUCUCAUGACUGGAAGCCCGUGGAAAUGGGGCCUGAAUCCUAAAAUGAAACCCCUUGAAACACAGCCCACUGUCAGUCCAACACUACUCCAUCACAUCCAGCGUGGCAACAUUAAGAUCAUGCCUAAUAUUGCAAAAAUAAUGGGUAGGUCAGUUCAGUUUGUGAACGGUGUUACUUCUGACUUCGAUCGAAUCAUUUACUGUACAGGCUACAAGAUUGAUCUGCCCUACCUGCCCACUGCCAUUAAGGAGCAUGUGCUCAAUGAAGACACAAAUGAGUUUAAGUUGUACAAAAAUAUGUUUACACAAGAGUUUGGGCACAAGCUGGCCUUCAUAGGUUUUGUGCAGCCUGCGUCUGGCGGAAUUAUAACCAUGUCAGAGACCCAAGCUCGAUGGUUCUCAAAGCUGUGUAAGGGGGUUGUCAAACUGCCCAGUAAACAAGAGAUGGUAGCAGACAUGGAGAAGGAAAAGAAAGAAAGCCAAAGUCGGUGGUAUCAGUCUGCCAGACAUACCUUGCAAAAAGAUCCAACAGUUUACAAUGAUGAAAUUGCUAGUUUCAUAGGUGCCAAGCCAAGUCCUCUGAUGAAUCCAUCUUUGGCAUGGAGGUUAAUAUUCAGUUCCGGUGGUGCCUCACAGUGGCGACUAAAUGGACCAAACAAAUGGGAGGGGGCUGCAGCCCAGGUUAGAAAAACACCACUUCCAGCCUUGUGGAAUAUGACAGGAUUAUUUAUAUUAGCUUUAUUAUUCACUGCUUUAGUUCUCUUUGGUUACACUUUGUUUUCAUGUCUACAGUAGAUCAUCAAAUUUUAUCAAUAUCUUUUCAUUUCAAUACUAUUUAGUUAACUGUGUUGCAUUUAUAUGUUAAUGAUUUUCUUUCUUUAUAUAAAUGUAUGUAAAUCUCUCUAUUUAUAAAGCAAUGUAAGUGUGUUUGUUUGUUUCUUUGUUUGUCUGUCUUUUAUGCAUUGCUACACCUUUCAUCCAAUCGCCAUGAAACUUUAAGAAGUUGUUGAGAUUAGUGUAGGAAAUCGUGCCCUGAUAAAUAUGAUCCAAGCGCAGGCAUUGUUUAAAUUACUCAAUUUUAGAAAACAAGGUCACUCGUUUAAGAAUAUAGGAUUGGUAAAGCAUUGAUGAAACCCUCCAAAUAUAUUUCGUCAGAUUUUUGUGUGUCUUUUAUGCAUUGCUACACCUUUCAUCCGAUUGCCAUGAAACUUUAGGAAGUUGUUGAGAAUACUCCUGGAAAGGUUUCUGAAGAAAGAAAAAUUCAAUUUAGCCGUUGCAGGGAGCAAUUUCGCGCCCGGAAUAACCCGUGAGCACUAUGGCACCUACUUUAGUUUUAACCAGCUCGAUAGACUAUGAAUAAUAUGGGGAGUUUAGUCAUUCACUAAAUUGAAUCAGAUGCGACAGGUUGCACUCUGGCGCUGCGGGCUAUCCUAGUAGCGAUAUGACGCAUACGUUCGCUUUAAAGAUUGUGAUAGAAUAUGGAUAAGAAGUGGUAUUAUAGCAGUUCACAAAAUUAAAUCAGGCUCGUCUGACUGUGCCCCGUCAGGGUACGAUUUGCCCCGGGCUAUUCUGUGACUUUUAAACGCGCGGCAAUGCAUGGGGACGCUAGUGAUAUAUAAACAUAAUAUCGGGGCUAUGUGUAUAUUUCUUUUUAGACCCAUAGACUUCUUCUUAUAAGAUUAUAUAUACAUACAUACAUAUAUAUAUAUAUAUAUAUAUAUAUAUUUGUGUGACUAGAUUUAAUUUUUCUUUACUAAGUUUAUUUUAAUAUAUGCAUGUGUGUGACUUGAUGUAAUUUUCCUUACUACGUUUUGAUGGGAUUUAAUCCAAUUAUGAACUGAUGUUUCUACUUAAUGGAUAACUGACCGUAUCUGAUAUGGUUGUUAUAAAGCACAUGAACAAUUUUGUUUUGCUAAAUGUAGCCUUUUUUUUUUAAAGGAUAAGAAAGUAAGUAAAAAAUGGAUAAGAAAGGC